GCCGGCAGCCCCUCAAUAAGCCACAUUGUUGCACGAAACUCUAGCGCAGGAGUCCCGGGCCGCUGCUAGCAACCCCAAGUCACCUAGCGGAGAAGAUCUGCUGGCGAGAGCAGGGCGCGUGUGAGCCGGAGAGGUCCGAUCGCCUUAGUGGAUCUGAGCUGCGAUUCUUCUCAAGUUGAGCCUUAGUGAUUCCUGUGGUUGAAGUUAGUGCCCUGACAGCAGGGCAACCCGACGUCGCCAGGAGUGAUUCUUGGGCGCCUUCUAGCAGUUGUGACUCCCCAAACCUGUUUCUAGAGACCCGAGACCCUUCAGGCGGGAGUGCCAUCGUGGUUAGCCUUUACUGUGGGCCGCCCGCACUUACCGCUCCGGGUCGGGCAGCCAAGCCCCAGUACAACGCUUUCCAACUGUGCCGCCCUCCUUCCCUACACGCGCUCCAGCCUUGGUUUCCCAAGCCGGUGCUGUUGGUCCGCGGCAGGAUGAUCGCCUCGCAUCUGCUCGCCUACUUCUUCACCGAGCUCAACCAUGACCAAGUGCAGAAGGUUGACCAGUAUCUCUACCACAUGCGUCUUUCUGAUGAGACCCUUCUGGAGAUCUCUAAGCGGUUCCGUAAGGAGAUGGAGAAAGGACUUGGAGCCACCACCAACCCCACUGCUUCAGUGAAAAUGCUGCCUACCUUUGUGAGGUCUACUCCAGAUGGGACAGAACAUGGCGAGUUCCUGGCUUUGGACCUUGGAGGGACCAAUUUCCGUGUGCUUCGGGUGACAGUAACGGACAAUGGGCUCCAGAAGGUCGAGAUGGAGAACCAGAUCUACGCCAUCCCCGAGGACAUCAUGCGAGGCAGUGGCACGCAGCUGUUUGACCACAUUGCCGAAUGCCUGGCUAACUUCAUGGAUAAGCUACAAAUCAAAGACAAGAAGCUUCCCUUGGGCUUUACCUUCUCGUUCCCCUGCAUCCAAACGAAACUGGACGAGAGUUUCCUGGUCUCAUGGACCAAGGGGUUCAAGUCCAGUGGUGUGGAAGGCAAAGAUGUGGUUACUCUGAUCCGGAAGGCAAUCCAGAGGAGAGGAGACUUUGAUAUCGACAUUGUGGCUGUGGUAAAUGACACAGUUGGGACCAUGAUGACCUGUGGUUAUGAUGACCAGAACUGCGAGAUUGGUCUCAUUGUGGGCACGGGCAGCAACGCCUGCUACAUGGAAGAGAUGCGCCACAUUGACCUGGUGGAGGGCGACGAGGGCCGGAUGUGCAUCAACAUGGAGUGGGGGGCGUUUGGAGAUGACGGUGUGCUCGACGACAUCCGCACUGAGUUUGACCAGGAGAUCGACAUGGGCUCCCUGAACCCUGGGAAGCAACUAUUUGAGAAGAUGAUCAGUGGGAUGUACAUGGGGGAACUGGUGAGGCUUAUCCUGGUCAAGAUGGCCAAGGAGGAGCUGCUUUUCAGGGGGAAACUCAGCCCCGAACUCCUCGCCACGGGCCGCUUUGAGACCAAAGACGUUUCGGAUAUUGAAAGUGAGAAGGAUGGCAUCCGGAAGGCCCGCGAGAUCCUGGUGCGGCUGGGCAUGGACCCGACAGAGGAGGACUGCGUGGCCACUCACCGCAUCUGCCAGAUCGUGUCCACACGCUCAGCCAACCUGUGCGGGGCCACCCUGGCAGCCGUGCUGCGGCGUAUCAAGGAGAACAAGGGCGGGGAGCGGCUGCGCUCCACCGUUGGGGUCGACGGCUCCGUCUACAAGAAACACCCCCACUUCGCCACGCGUCUUCACAAGACUGUGCGGCGCCUGGUGCCCGACUGCGAUGUCCGCUUUCUCCGCUCUGAGGAUGGCAGUGGCAAGGGGGCAGCCAUGGUGACAGCAGUGGCCUACCGGCUGGCUGACCAACACCGAGCACGCCAGAAGAUCCUGGAACCUCUGAAGCUGAGCCACGAGCAGCUGCUGGAGGUUAAGAGGAGGAUGAAAGUAGAAAUGGAACGAGGUCUGAGCAAGGAGACUCACGCUGCUGCCCCCAUCAAGAUGCUGCCCACCUAUGUGCGUGCCACCCCUGAUGGCACAGAGAAAGGUGACUUCCUGGCUUUGGAUCUCGGGGGUACCAAUUUCCGGGUCCUGCUGGUGCGUGUGCGGAACGGGAAGCGGCGUGGAGUGGAGAUGCACAACAAGAUCUACUCCAUCCCGCAGGAGGUCAUGCAUGGCACAGGGGACGAGCUCUUUGACCACAUUGUCCAGUGCAUUGCCGACUUCCUCGAGUACAUGGGCAUGAAGGGCGUGUCUCUGCCUCUGGGCUUCACCUUCUCCUUCCCCUGCCAGCAGAACAGCCUGGACGAGAGCAUUCUCCUCAAGUGGACUAAAGGCUUCAAGGCUUCUGGCUGUGAGGGGGAGGACGUGGUCUCCCUGCUGAAGGAAGCCAUUCACCGGCGAGAGGAGUUUGACCUGGAUGUGGUUGCCGUGGUAAAUGACACAGUCGGGACUAUGAUGACCUGUGGCUAUGAAGACCCUCACUGUGAAGUCGGCCUCAUCGUUGGUACGGGCAGCAAUGCCUGCUACAUGGAGGAGAUGCGGAAUGUGGAGCUGGUGGAAGGGGAAGAGGGGCGCAUGUGUGUCAACAUGGAGUGGGGGGCCUUUGGGGACAAUGGAUGCCUAGACGACCUCCGCACAGAAUUUGAUGUGGCUGUGGAUGAGCUAUCCCUCAACCCUGGCAAACAGAGGUUUGAGAAAAUGAUCAGUGGCAUGUACUUGGGCGAGAUUGUCCGUAACAUCCUUCUCGAUUUCACCAAGCGUGGGCUGCUCUUCCGUGGCCGCAUCUCAGAGCGGCUCAAGACAAGGGGAAUCUUUGAAACCAAGUUCCUGUCUCAGAUUGAGAGCGACUGCCUGGCCCUGCUGCAGGUCCGAGCCAUCUUACACCACUUGGGGCUUGAGAGUACUUGUGACGAUAGCAUCAUCGUCAAGGAGGUGUGCACUGUGGUGGCGCAGCGGGCAGCCCAGCUCUGUGGCGCAGGCAUGGCUGCCGUGGUGGACAAAAUACGAGAAAACCGUGGGCUGGACACUCUCAAAGUGACAGUAGGCGUGGAUGGAACCCUCUACAAGCUACAUCCUCACUUUGCCAAAGUCAUGCACAAGACAGUGAAGGACCUGGCUCCGAAAUGUGACGUGUCCUUCCUGGAGUCAGAGGACGGCAGUGGGAAGGGGGCAGCUCUCAUCACCGCUGUGGCUUGCCGCAUCCGCGAGGCUGGACAGCGAUAGAGUUCCUGAAAUCAGAAGGGACUUCCUCUGGUUCCCCCUCUUCCCUGCUUUACAUUAUAAGAUACCAUCCCCUGUGUCAAAGACAGACCCCCUCGGCUCUUCCUUGGCAGAGAGGACCCUGCCGGACUGUGUUUUGUCUCUGUGUGUCCUCAGUGUAGAGUUCAGUGCCCAAGCCUUGGCCCUCCUGAGAUAAAUACAGUUUGAACUAAGGAUUUAUUCACACUUGUCACAACCAUUCACCUUGAUUCUCUUAAAACUUAAAACAAAUUUUAACUUUUAGUAAUCCUCCUGGCUGAAUUCCAUGUCCCUGUAUAAUUCUACAGGAUGGGGACACUAAUGAAAAGAUACGGUUGCUACACCUUGAACCCUGGCUUCUUUACCUUGGACCCUGAACAUGACAUUUCUAGGUGGAGAGCAUCCCUCCCGCAUGGAGACUGAUACUGAUUCUCUUCUCAGAGACCUGGAAGGUCUCCACUAACUUGAGCCUGGUUCUCCCACAAGCAGAAGGGAGGUAGGCAAUGGAGGAAAAUCCAUGGAUAACCAUGUGGCAGCCCCUCUUCACUGUCAUCUGCUGGCAUUGUCUGUUGUGUUACAGUGAUUACCAUUCCUGGAAUCAAAGCAUCCUGAGUCUGAGCAAGCAAAACCAAAACAAGUUGACACAUCUUACAAGUGGAGUUGUCGUAUCUCCUUGUGGGUUCAUCGGUCACCCAUGAACCAUGGACCUUUAAGGGGGUGUGGGGACUUUUUGGUCUACUUUUAAAUUUUUUCCUGCAGUAGUAUAAACACUGUAUUUUCAUUUUAAUUUAUGUUUGAAAUUUAUUUCACGAAGUACAUCUGCCCCUUCAUCUGGACACUAUAUGUAACGGUCAUUUGAAUGUAAUGUAUUUAUGUGUUAAUUUGUCAUGUAUAUAGAUACACAGGGUCUCCUCAGACCUGGCCUCAUUAGUAGAUCAGUGUAGUUAAAGGAUGGAAGGUGAAGAUACUGACUGGUUACUAGAAAUACCUCAUUCACCUGCGGAAAGAGAAGGGCAGCCUCCUCAGGGUGAGUGAACGGCCAAGCAGCUCCCUCCCAGCUCUUCCUUUCCCUGCAGACUCAGAAGCUUGGAAAGCAGGGAACAUAGUGAAGGCAGCUGGGCCUAUGGAUUGAACAAACCACAACCGCUGGCUGCUCUGUGUAUAGACUUUCCUGGGCCAAUAUUACAUGGGAUGUUAACCAAAGGAAAUGGGAUUCAUUUCAAACAUACUCAUUGCUUAGGAAUCUUCAUUCUUAGGGCAGUCAGUGGAAUUUAAAGCUCUCUACCAAGAUAAAGGAAGCCACCAAACACAUUUUUUUAAAAAACUGUGUCUGACCAUUGAUAACAAACCAAAACAACGAAACAAUCAAAGGAAUGAAACCUCAGGGACAACACUUGUGAUUUGGGUCCUCCUCACAGAAUUGGUUUUGUAAAUGUUCUAUAAGAAGCUUGUGGAGGACUUCUGUAGGCUGAGCUGUUUUUAUACAUGGUAUUUAUUUCAAACUGCUGGGAGAUGGUAGGGGGUGGGUGGGAGUGACAUAAAACCUUUUAUACCCUACUUUUCAGGAGUACAGUUAAUUCUGAAUUUGUAAGCCCACUUUUGCCCUAAAAUAUGGCACCCACACACAUUAAACCUGAAUACUAAAUUAUAAAGAAGGAAUGGCCUUGAAACACUAUUGACUAGGAUACAAGGAUCAAAAUGGAAAGAUGGAAAGACACAACUAAUAGCACCCAAUUCUUGCACAUUUAUCAAACUUGUACUGAGAACAGUGUCUAGAUUUGUGUAUAACUAAAGGAUGCCUAAGAAAUAGAGAUGAAUUUUAACUUUUAAACUUGACAAUUAGGCUCCAUCUAUGAAACUGUACAUUUUUAAAAGGUAGAACUGUAUGUGUAGCUGUGAAAGAGGUGUUGGUUUCCAAAAAAGGAACACUGGAAAGUGCAUUUUGAAUGUGUUCCCACAAUUAGGUGACAGUUCCUUGCUGAUGCUGCUUUGCUGGAUGUAAAUACAGUGAAUCUCAAUCUAGGACUGGGAUGUGCUGAAUAGUGAAUCAUCUCAACUCCUCAAACAUUCAGUCUAGUGAAGAUGUCAUGUACAAUAAAGACUAGUUGAAUUAA